GAUUUAGCACUUGAUGCUACCACAAUAGUAGGGGUGGACCUUGGCCAGGGUCUGCUGCGGGAAGUGGAUAUUAAAAAGUACAUAAAGGUUGAGAAGGUUCCUGGUGGCCAGUUGGAAGAUUCAGUGGUUCUCAAAGGAGUAAUGAUUAACAAAGAUGUUAUUGCACCUGGAAAAAUGAGAAGAAAGAUUGUCAACCCACGCAUCAUUCUUCUUGAUUGUCCUCUUGAAUAUAAGAAAGGCAAGAACCAAACAAAUGCCGAGUUGCUUAAAGAAGAAGAUUGGGGAGUCCUGCUAAAAUUGGAAGAAGAAUACAUCGAGAGCCUAUGCGUGCAAAUAUUGAAGUUUAAACCAGAUGUGGUUAUCACAGAAAAGGGGCUUAGUGACUUGGCAUGCCAUUAUUUUAGCAAGGCCGGUGUCAGUGCAAUCAGGAGGUUGCGGAAAACAGAUAAUAACCGAAUUGCCAAGGCUUGUGGAGCUGUAAUUGUUAACAGACCAGAUGAAUUGCAAGAGUCUGAUGUUGGUACUGGCGCUGGGCUAUUUGAGGUUAAGAAAAUUGGUGAUGAGUUUUUUGCAUUCAUUGUUGAUUGCAAAGAGCCCAAAGCAUGUACUGUACUCUUGAGAGGUCCUAGUAAGGAUCUCUUAAAUGAAGUGGAAAGGAAUUUGCAGGAUGCCAUGUCUGUAGCAAGAAACAUCCUCAAGAAUCCGAAACUUGUUCCUGGUGGUGGUGCUACAGAGUUAACUGUAUCUGCUACAUUGAAGCAAAAGAGUUCAUCUGUAGAAGGUAUAGAAAAGUGGCCAUAUGAAGCUGCUGCUAUAGCUUUUGAGGCUAUACCACGUACUUUGGCUCAGAAUUGUGGGGUGAAUGUGAUUAGAACAAUGACGGCGUUGCAGGGAAAGCAUGCAAAUGGUGAAAAUGCAUGGAUUGGCAUUGAUGGUAACACUGGUGCAAUAACUGAUGUGAAAGAGAAAAAGAUAUGGGAUGCCUAUAACGUGAAGGCCCAGACUUUUAAAACUGCCAUAGAAGCUGCUUGCCUACUUCUCAGAAUCGAUGACAUUGUGAGUGGGAUCAAGAAGAAGCAGCCUCCUGGUGCCAAAGCUCCUUCGAAGCCUCAAGUUGAGACGGAAGGCGAUGCAGAUAAUGAGCAAAUAAUUCCCGAGUGAUUAUCGAGAGCGCGUGGUUUUCUCAGUUUGAAUGAAGUUUUGCUUUAAAGAAAGAAAAGAAAGGAGCAUUAUAAGUUUGAUGAGGAUAUUUUGUAGGUUUGUAAUGUCACCUUAACUUUGUAGUGUGUGUUUUGUCUCUCUUCUUUCUUUCUCAAUCCACGAAGGGUGGGAAAGAAGAGAAGUCUUCUUCUUAUUGGAGAAUGCUAAUGUUAGUUUGCCAUGUCAUCUGUGUAUCGAACACAAUUUAUUUGUUAACUUCUUGGAUUGGCACAAUGACGCUUAUUUCUA